AUGAAUAUGGGGGAGGUAGUACGAACUAUAGAUGUCGAGACGGAUGUCCCUGAUUUCAGUUCGCUAAUGCUUAAUCGAACUUCGUUGAACGCAUUAGCUAAAGCUGGUUUCAUCAAGCCAUCUCCAGUACAAGCUCAAGCUAUCCCAUUUGGCAUGCUUGGACUUGAUUUGCUCGUACAAGCAAAAUCCGGAACUGGAAAAACAAUGGUUUUUUCUUUGUUGGCUGUAGAAAACCUGAAUGCUCAGUUUGGGCGUCCACAAGUGUUGAUCGUAGCUCCAACUCGUGAAAUUGCUUCACAAAUAGUCUCUUAUAUCAGAAUGCUUGCUCCUUCUGUGAUCCAUGUGGGGAUGUUUGUUGGUGGAAAUGAGAAGGGCGUUGCGGAAGAUAUUCAAAAACUCAGGAAAAGUAUUCACAUUGUUGUUGGAACAACAGGCCGUCUUUGCCAUCUUGUUCGAAUCAACGCAUUGCGGUUAUCCCAUGUACGGUUGUUUGUUCUGGACGAGGCUGAUAAGCUUAUGGAAGACAGUUUUCAGAAAGAAAUCAAUUAUCUGUUCUCUACACUGCCACCGGAAAAGCAAAUAGCUGUGUUCUCAGCUACUUAUCCAUAUAGGCUGGAUACAACUCUUAUGCACUACAUGAGAGAUGUACACCUGGUGCGUGUGGAUAAAGAUGCACAGUUACUUGGUGUCAAACAAUGUGAGGAGCUUUGUGCAGAUUUACAACGAGCAAAAUUUGAUGCGGUUAGCAUUUCUGGUAGUAUGCCACAAACUGAUCGUACAAAAGCGAUACGGAGACUCAAAAACUGCUUAGUUAAAUUACUCAUUUCAACCGAUCUUACAGCACGAGGAAUUGAUGCUCCAGGCGUCAAUAUUGUGGUCAACUAUGGAAGUCCACUUAUAUUAGCCACUUAUUUGCAUCGAAUUGGGCGUGCUGGACGUUUUGGUACACAAGGUGCUGCUUUUACAAUUAUCAAUAGUGAUAAAGAGCUGAAGUUGUUCAGUGAUUUCGUUGUCGAGGGAAAACUUCGAACUAAGCUAUUACGAGCAAGAGAGGAGUGGCCUAGCAAUCUCAUCUAUGACGAUGGAUUUUUUAACAGUUCUGAAGACUUCCGUCCCUACACAACAAGGAAUUGGCAUAGUCAGCAAAGUUAUGAUGUUGAAAGGGGUGAGGGAAACGUAUCCGAAUUCAUCGGGAUUGGUUCAGACUUGCGAGAAUGUGAAAAAGAAUCUAAUUUCUAUGGAGACACGACCUCAUUGCAUCAUAAGUCGGAGAAGCGCAUCUAUUCCAGUCAAGAUUUUUACAACAUAUGUAGGAGUAUGACGAAUAAUGAAAUCCCUGAUGUACUUUUAAAGAAUUUGAUUGCAUUGAAGAUACGAUCACCAUAUAACUUCGAUUUAACGCGAAAAAAUACUCUGAUGGUGUUACGAGUGGGUACUGUAAAUAAAAACAGUCAGAACAUAAAUAAUCAUGAAAAAUCUUGUCACAAAAAACCUGUUUGCUUGCUAAAUAACAAAACAGAUCUCAAUGUGGACAUUAGCAUACCAAAACAUGGUAUGAAUUGCAGAAAGAAAAGGUAUUUAAGGAAUCAGAUUCUUGCUAUUCGAAAUGUGUUGUGCGAUGAGGAAUGGUUGCGGUACGCCAGUCUUCGUUUCGGUUCAACUGUGCGAUAUGAACCGUUUUUGAUUUGUAGAUUUAAUGAAGGAAUUCCAGUUGAUCGAUCGGACGAAAAAUAUGUGAGGAAACCCAGUUUGAUAGGAAGUCAUAAUUUGGAAGAACUGAAUCCAAAACGAGGCGAGGGACAUCAGCGGAAAAAAAAUGGUAAAAAAUACGAAACCUCCGAAGAAUUGAAAGCGAAACUUGCGAAGGUUAAGUCAAAGUUCAAUUAUGAGUUGGUUUUGGGAUUGCGUAGAAUGAAAGAAUGUAUGACAACAACCGAAGUAGCAGAAAUUUCCAAUCCUUCGUGUUUUGUGGUAGUUGAAAUCCGUGCACAAAUUACUGCGAGAAUAAUAAUUCGAUUAUUCUAUAGAUGUUCCAUGGCAAGCCAGAUUGAACAGAGAAAACUGACUGAGACAAGUAGUACUCAAACUGAUGGACAGUCAUUUCAUGAAGAUAGAAGCGUUGAUCGUUUGAAUGAUUAUUGUUGCUCUGGGAGAUAUAUGUGCAGAGAAAUAGACCACUUUGCACGGUAUAUAAAACACAUGCGUGGGUUCAAAUUUUAA